AGCGCCGGGCGCACUCUUUUGGCGGCGGAUUCAAACGUUCGGGCUUGGGUAUAGGGCCUGAAGGAGUGUCCCAGCGGCUGGGUGCUUCCUGCUGUCCGUUCGGGUGUGAAUUUCAGUGCGGUGCCAGGAGGAUCUUGGUAGCGGAGGCGGCUAGUGCCUGAGGGAGAGAAUGGCGCCCUCGACCACAGUCUCCCAGAGAAAGAAGAUAAAACGGAAGGCUCCCCGGGGCUUUCUUAAGCGCGUCUUCAAGCGACAGAAGCCUCACCUUCGUCUAGAGACAAGUGGCGACUUACUGGUGCACCUGAAUUGUUUACUGUUUGUUCAGCGUUUAGCAGAAGAGUCCAGGAUGAGUGCUUUUGAGAAUAAGUGUGGAGUCAUUAAAAAGGAGCAUGUACAGGCUGCAGCAAAGGUAAUUCUAAAGAAGAGCAGAGGUUAGAAGUCAAAGAACCAUUUUUGAAAAUUAUAUGAUGUAUUAUUUUAGGUGGUAACAGAUCUUGAAAGCACUUUUUAUAUAUCAGCUAAAUUGUAUAUUAAAAUAUUGGCUAGUUGUGGA